AUGGACCCAUACAAGCAGCACCGGCCCCCUUCUCAUACCAGGGGGCGCAACCAUAGACGUUCCAACUGCAGGCACGGCAAACAAACUCCGCUGCAUGAGCAUUUCGGCGGCAGUGAACCUGUGUUUGAAGACAACAUCUUCAUCCCAUCCGGCCUCGAGUCCCAUGAGACACAAUCCUUCCAGCAGUCGGGUACAACACCCGCCAGUGGUGGAUACUCCGCAGACAAUGCUAUGUCGGAAGACGACCCGCUGCGGAUGUGGCCGCAGGAACGAGAAAGCAUGGAGCUGGAACAAUUGCGGGACCAUGGCAAACUGGCUCCGAUGCCAAAUCACGACGCGUCGAACAAUCAGUGGAACGCGCCUUGUCCUCCGAAUGGGUGGCAAGAUGACAGAGCAAUCGCUUCCGAAUAUGGCAAUGCGCCGUUCUCGAUAACACACAACCAUCUCGCGCACCGUAGAACAUCCGGUGUAACGGCUAAUAACAUCCCAAACUCUUCUACCCAAACUGCGAAUCAUUUUCUCCGAGUAGACAAGGCUUUCGAUAGCCGGUCGUUUCAGAGUACUGGACUGACCAACUCUCACCCCUUGGGUCCGCCAACGGACCUGGAUAUGGCACUCUUCGAUGUUAACACUCAACGAGAACCGUGGUCACCUUACCACACAGCCGGUGUGUACCGGGCGCCAGACAUGGCACUUCCAUCGGAUUGGCACGAUAUUCCGAAGACAACACCAUCGGCAACAGAUCAUGACGAGUCAGGAUCAGGUUACGUCGGUGACGUUUUUACUCCACUGACGUCAACAGACUACGCCAGUGAGCACAUGGUCGACAGCGGAGUAACCGAACGUCAAGCUCUAGGGACCUUACAAUAUACAGAUUCCAGCCAAUUCCCGAUCUCUUUUGCUGGUGGACCUUACGGUCCGCCCUCUCAGUCUUUCCCUAUCCAUAUUGAGAGGUCUAGGGCUUUGAUGGAGACUCCUUCAACUCCGCCAGGAUCUUCUCAUUGGGGUUCAGGCGGUCUAGCUGUACCAAUGCAAAGAAUCUCUUCCAUACACUCUUCUGCCUCUGAAGCGUCCUCGACCGGUGCCCCUCCAGUUCAUACCCCGGAAAUGAUGUAUUGUGACGAGAGAGACUGCAGACAACCCUUCACUGGUCUCUAUCGGAGAGGCAACCUGGCGAGACACAAGAGGUUGAAACAUGGAAAAGGCAAGCCGUAUGUGUGCGAGGACCUCACAUGCGCCAAAGAGUUUCGACGACAGGACGCUCGACUCAAGCACUAUAGGAAAUACCAUUGUGAGCUCGCUGCCAGUAGUCCCUUCGUGCCCCGUUCGACAGCCUCGAGGCCAGUGGCAAGCGAACAGGAAGUCGACCUAAGCAACAUCUCCAGUUGGGCUGGCUGA